AUGAACGGAUCAUUGGCUUUCCUGGACAACAACGACAUUUUAAUACAACUUUUGCUCGUUAUGGGCGAAAGCAAGGAAGAACCGGUUAAUCACGUUUGGAUUUCGGGACGGUUGAAUAUGACGAAAGAUAUUAACAAUGACGUUGUUUCGUAUUCGUGGAACAAUCCCUCAAGUGGAAAAAGAAUUCCUGAUCCCAAAACUUUCGGAGACUCAACUUCGGGAUUAUACAUGCCACCAUGGCUAGACGAGGAGUACACUAUGGACAGUCCAUGCCUCAACUUGGACCGUACCAACCACCUCACUGGACUGAUAUACGGCCUGCCAUGCGACACGCCACAGUAUUCCAUCUGCAUGAUAGAAAAAACAUUAAAAAUGGGAAUCACAUAUCCGCCUGUAGUAAGGGAAGACAUUGUCGUCCCCGACAGUAACUCUACCUCGGGAUACCUAACGGCGUAAUAGGUUAUCAAUAUUUCUGUGAACUUUAAUUCUGUUUGAAUUGUAUAAAAUUGAUUUAUUAUGUACCAUUAAAGAACGCAAU